AUGAAAGUAGUUAAAGGUACAAAUACAGGAGAUAAGAAUAAUUAUAAUUAUUCUAAACCAACUCCUCCACCAUCAGUGGUUCCAAAUGAUGAUCAACUUGAUGAUACUGAUGAUGACUGGCAUAUGUCGAAAAGUAAUCAAGAUUUACAACAAAAAUUUAAUGAAAAUAAAAAAAUUGUAUCACCUACAUAUGAAAUGCAAACAAUUGAAGAUUCAAUUAAACCACAAGUAACUGUACAACAACAAACACGAACAUUAGCACAAAUAAGAGAACAACUGGCAUUGAAACGAAAAGCAUCAGCUGCAGCAGCUUUAAACUCAACACAUAGUACAGCUUCUAGUCCAACGACGAAUACUAAUAAAUCGGGAGUAAUUAUACAAAAUGAAUCUAGUGAACAAACAAUAUCCUCAUCAAAUAUCAAUAAUUCAUCGAUUGAACAAGUUGAUACAAUCCUACCUUCAUCUUUGUUCACCAAUCAAUCGUCAAAUGAUUCUCUUCUUUUGAAUUCAACUAAUAAUAAUACUAAUAAUUCAGUAACACAAUUUUUAUUCGACGAUUUUUCUGAAACAUUUGAUCCAUUUACUGCCUCGAUGCUUGACAAUAUCAGUGAAUCAACAUCGACUAAUCACCAAACGAAUUCUCAAUCACAACAUCAACAAUUAAUUAAAAAUUCACAAAAUCAAAUUAUAUUAGAUUUUGAUAGUAUUUUACAAGAAUUAAAAUCUGUGGGUGAAGCACAUCAACCAGAACAACAAACAACCAUGAUUGUUGAAAAUAUCACAGCUAAUAUUAAACAAGAAUCACAAUUAAAUACAAAUUCAAAUAAUAUAGUAACUUCAACUAAGUAUGAAUCAACAUCAUCAUCCGAUGAUCUCUUUGCAUUUUUAUCAUCCGAUUCAGCUUCAUCAUUACCUAGUAUAAAUACAAUGAUGCUUUCAACACUUCCUACACAAACUAUUCCAACAUCACCCGUUGAUACAUCGAAAAAGAAAGGAAAUAAUAUAUCACCAAAAAUCAAAAAAGAACCUGGUGGUAUAAUUAAAGUUCGACCAAAUAAAAAAAUCAAAAAAGAAACGACACUUAGUGGAGAAUCAUUACAACAGAUUUUAAUUAAAACUAAUGGUGAAUUUGUUGAACCAAUGCAUAUUGUUCUUGCAUCACCAGUCAAACCACAACAACCAACUACAUCAUAUUCACCUAUUGCACCAGCUAUAAAUAAAAAACCUAAUAACAGCGAAUCGACAACUAGUUGGAUGACUACAAAUAUAUCGCAAACAACAAAAAAUGCACAGGCACUUGCACUAAAAGCUGUCGCAAGAAAUCAAGUAGCUAAAAUAAAUCAACAACAACAACAGCAGCAAGCAAUGGAUACUAGUACUUAUGAUUCAUCACGUCCAACUUUACUUGUAACUCGUACAGAUUCUUCUACGAAACAACAAACAUUACAAGCUCGUGUAAAUGCAUUUGUUGUUAAUAUGCCUCAACAACAAACUGCAAAAUUAAUUCCUGCAACAACGACUACAUUAACACCACAACAACAUGUUUUUUUACAACAAAUUAUGCGUCGUGAUUCUUCAACAACUCUUUCAGAAUCAACAACAACACCUAUAGGAAAUCUUAUUCAACAACCACAACCAAUAUCUACAACUGUUCGUGUACCAACAACAACAUCAACAACGACAUUCAUUCAACAACAACAACAACAACAACAUCAAGUACAUCAAUUAUCAAAUAGUAAUGAUUCAACACGAAAACAACAAUUAUUUGAUGCACUUUCAGCAUCAUUAGCAACAACUCGAACAACGAAUUAUAAAUGUACAUGUGAAAGUAAACCAUUAAUUGCAUGUAAAAAAUGUGGUGCUUAUUGUCAUGAUGAUUGUAUUGGUCAAACGAAAUUAUGUGGAAAUUGUCUUGUGAUGGCUCCUUGUUAA